AUGAGAUUCUUCGCCAACACCUUCCCUGCCACCGCCCUCGUCGCGGCUCUCGCCCUGGGCGUAGCCGCACAGACCGCCAACGAGGUCGUCAAAUCCGUGGGCCUCAUCACGCAGACCACGAACAACUACAACACCCAGUUCAAGCGCGUGUCCGCGAGCAACAUGGGCCACGAGAGUGAUAGCGUCCCGGAUGGCAUAAACGCGCUCACCGACAUCACCACCAACCAGAUUAUCGAUGUCUUCCUUCAGGAUGAUACCCCCACGGCGCUGAACAGUCGCGACGCCGCUGACGUCGUGUACUUGUACCAGGAGUCCGUGAAGGCUGCCCAGGACCUCGUCGCCACACUCCUGGAGGACCAUGAUCUCUUCGCCGAGUACGCCGUCGCCGGCCGCGUCACCCAGUCCGUGCGCGCCUACAGGGUUGCGACCAUGCAAUACAUGGGGGCCAUCAAGGGCGUCGCGGAGUCCCGCUCGGACGACAUCAUUGGGGCCUUCGACGGGCUCGCGGAGUCGCUUGAAGAGUUUAUUCAGCUGUACGAGCAGUCUUAA